AUGGGCCCCUGUACCGCCUCCUCAUGCUGCUGCCAGGCCCGUAAUCUGCCAUGGGCCCCCCUACCGACUCCUCAUGCUGCUGCCAGGCCCGUAAUCUGUCAUGGGCCCCUGUACCGCCUCCUCAUGCUGCUGCCAGGUCCAGAGUGUGUCAUGGGUCCCUGUACGGCCUCCCAUUGCUGCUGUCUCCAUCGCCACACUCUGCCAUGUGCCACUUUCAGGUCUCCUCACACUGCUGGUAGGUUCCAUUUUGUCAUAGGGUGCUGGCAGAUUACGGGCCUCCCAUUGCUGCUGCCAGGCCCGUAAUCUGCCAUGGGCCCCCGUACCGACUCCUCAUGCUGCUGCCAGGCCCGUAAUCUGUCAUGGGCCCCUGUACCGCCUCCUCAUGCUGCUGCCAG